UAAUCUCGCGAUACUUGAGGGGGAGGGGCGUGUCAGAUUCCAAAGGAGAACAGAGUGAAGAGAGAGAGAGGGGCGCUUAGGUGAGCUGUAUUGCAAGCCGUUUGCAAAAAUGGGGGACGACAAACCUUUUGUGUGCAACGCUCCCGGCUGCGGGCAGAGGUUCACCAACGAGGACCACCUCGCCGUCCACAAACAUAAGCACGAGAUGACGCUGAAGUUUGGACCUGCCCGGACAGAUUCGGUCAUCAUCGCAGACCAGACGCCAACUCCCACUCGUUUCCUGAAGAACUGUGAAGAAGUGGGCCUGUUCAACGACCUAACCAUGCCCUUCGAGCAGGAAUUCCGUAAAGCCCAGGAAGAUGAUGACAAGAGAGCCAAGAACCCUCUGCCUGCCCCUGGCUCUUCAGUUCUGGACAUGAGUCUGCAGACGCCCUCGGACGUAGUUCGAGUGAAGGAAGAGGAGCCUGUCGAGGUGGACUCCUCCCCACCUACUAGUCCAGACUCCAUCUCUAGCAAGUCAGAUAGCAACAAGGAGGCCACAACCAGGGGAAUGGACUCUCCUUCUAAACCACCAGUAAGCUCUGCUCCUAUGCCCACCAUCGUCCGUCCUGGCUCUCUUCCCCUGCACCUCGGCUACGACCCCCUGCAUCCCACCAUGCCUUCACCCACCUCGGUCAUCACACAGGCCCCGCCCUCUAACCGCACCCUUGGGUCUCCAACUGGUCCGUACCCAAUGAUGAUGCUCCCCAAUGGCCAACCAGUACCCGUGCUCCCAGGCCCAGUGCAGAUGUCUUCUGUAAUAUCCCUGGCUCGGCCCAUGUGUAUGGUGCCCAACAUUCCAGGAAUCCCAGGUCCUCCGCUCGGUGGAAGCAGCAGCGGCUCCUCCUCUCCAUCUGGUUACAACCCCCAUACUGAGGCAAAGAUGCGGCUCAAGGCGGCGUUGUCUCAUCAGACCACAGCGGCCUGUGUCAGUGUUGCAAUGGGCUCCAGUGCCAUGGUACCACAGAAAAUGGAGCAGAGUCAACUGCUGGUGCAGCAGCCUGAUGCCCCAUCUCCAGCACAGCCCCAGGUUUCUCCAGCUCAACCAACAGGCGGACGGCGGCGACGCACGAUGGACGACGACCCAGAUGAACGGAGACAGCGCUUUCUGGAGCGCAAUCGAGCGGCUGCGUCCCGCUGCAGGCAGAAGCGCAAGCUCUGGGUGAACUCUCUGGAGAAGAAGGCAGAGGAGCUGACGUCCAUGAACGUCUCCCUCACGAAUGAGGUGUCUCUGUUACGAAACGAAGUGGCUCAUCUGAAGCAGCUGCUGUUGGCUCAUAAGGACUGUCCCGUCACCACCUUACAGAAGAAGGCUGCCUACUUAGGAGAAGAAUCCAUGAAGGAGGUGUGUGAGGCCACAGGUUCUCCAGCUCCGGUGAUCCAGCACAGCUCUGUGGCGCUGAGUCCCUCAGGAUCGUCAGGGCCCAACGGCGUGAGCUCGAGAGCAGCUGCCGAGGCCGUAGCCAUGUCCGUGCUGGCCGGCAUGGGCAACCAGAGGGCAGAGAGCGGGCCCUCACACGUCAUCAUGACCACACAGGCCCAGCCCUCGGCCAGAUGAUGAGCCCAGCACUAGGAGAGGAGAGGAGCAAGGGAAUAGAGGCCAGAUCCUCCCUAUCCUCUUUUUCUCCUCUACUCGGCCCUCUCUCACACUGUCAUGCUCUUCUGGCCCGGAGCUGGCCCAGAGAAUUUUGGGGAAAAAACUUUGGAGAACGAAAGAGCUUCCUGUUCACUAUGCCAUAGACUACGGGGGCUGGACUCCGAUUCUCAUCCUUACUCUCAUCCAAAAUCCUUACUAAGUCCACUUUCGCGCCAUCAUCCCUGCCCUCCUCGUACUCAUUGCCUUUCAUCUUCACUCUCAUUCUUCAGCUGAACUGUAGAGCAGAACAGUGCUUCCUGAAGGACUGACAAUGGUGACUGUGAUCUGAUGCAUAGGUAUUAUGCACACGUGUGUCUCAUUUACACGUUCAUAGAGCAUUGUGGAUGGCUGAUCAGUGGCAGUAAUUGAAAAGGAAGUGCUGUCACGGAGUGUGUGUGUGUCUGUGUGUGUGUGCACGUGUGAAGGGGUGGACGAUAUGGCAAAAAUAUCAUAUCAUAUAGAAUACUUGAAGUGAUGUGUACCUAGGCUUUAAGUGCGGUUGAGUACUAGCAAAAAGCCUUUUUAUGUAAAAUAAUGAGCUCACAGAUUUUCAUCCCACAUUUCAAACAGAUCAGAAUGAGGAAAAAAAAAAAACUAUAUAUAUUUAUAAAUGAUGCAGAAAAAGGUUUAAUCAGGUACAUGCUUCAGUGAGUAACUACAGUAUGUAGUUAUAAAAGCACUGACAAUUUCUGGGUCUGUGGAGAAGGCGUUCGUUCAUAUUUCCUUUCAAAAUGAUUUUUAAUUACAUUUUUAUAUUUUAUUUUUCAUUUUUUUUGGCACACAAAAAUAGGAAAUUUUUAUAAUAAGAAGAAUUUUUUUUUAAAUAGUAAUUUUGUUUUUCCUUCAGUUUUAUUUGUUUCCACUAGUUUCAUCACACAAAGCCUAGAAAUUAAAUAUUUAUGAAUCCAGAUAUAAAAGAUGAGACUCUUCAGGAUGGAAUUUUCUGGAAAUUAUGAUUUUUUUAAAAAAUUUUUUAAAAAUGCGAUCAAGACUGCAGUAAUGCAUUUUUGUGCAUUUUUAAAAUAUUCUGAAAUGAAUGCACCUGGCGAAAAAAACAACGGAUCCUCCUUGCACCUGAAUGAAUGAAGUAAGCACCUACUUCAUUCAUUUUCUCCACAUAAUGAGUCUGAAAUACUUAAAAACAAGCAAAAGAAAAACACAAGAGCUUUUUUUUAAUGUCAUAUUUAUUACUGUAAACCCAGAAACCUUCAUCAUUUUGAAAUGAAAAGCGAAUGAACGCAGCAUAAGCAGGGUCCUAAAGCCGGGUUUACUCGCUAAACUGUAUUGCGAUGCCUUAAUAUCGUGGCCUUGAUAUUGAUAUUAUGUGACCAUAUUGACCAGCCCGAGCAUGGGGUGUGUUGGUGUGCAUGCUCAUACUUACUUACUGCCGUUCACAUUUUUCUCGCAUGAACCACAACAACUCUGCAAUACUUUUUGUUUUAUAUGAAAUGAAAAAAAAAGAAAAUUCCUGUGUGUGUGUGUUCGAUUUUGUCCCUCUCAUUCUGGCUCGGUUUUCAUUUCAAGGAGACCAAGAGAAAGCCUCGGCUGAACUUCACCAAGAUCUGACCUCAUUUCUAUCCCUUUAUAAUAUAAUAUGUUUCAUAUGCAAAGCGUUUAUAAUCAGUGAGAAUAUAGUAUGCUUGUGUGUGUGUGUGUCUCUGUAUGUGUACAGGAAUAUACAUCAGAGUUUAUAAUUCAUGGGACUGAUACACUAAUGUUGGCAAGCUUUGUUUUUAUGCUGUUUGCUAUAUUUCUGGCACAUCCUCCUUAAACACGUUGCUCAGUCACGUCGUUUGGGUUUUUGUCGUAGCCUUGUGCCCCCCCCCUUUUCCCUGUUCAUGCCAUAAACUCAUGGCUCAUGGUUACAUUUCAUUGUUAAUCGAAAUCUCCUUGCUGGGAUUCCUGUGUUGCGUCAGAGUUAAACGAUGGUGCCAGCGUGUCUGGUGCGCUUUUUGUUUUUGUUUUUUCCUUCUUGUAAAGUUCUCAGUUAUUAGCUCUACUGUAUGUUCAGGCUGAGAGUCAAACCGUUUGCUUAUUUUCUUUGUGAUAGUUUUAAAUGGAACGUGGCCUUAAAAACCCAAAACGAUCGUCGUCUCUUCAGGCAAUUCCGAACGAAUGAACGCAUCUCGUCUCUAUAGAAGGCAUGUGCCGACGAUCAGAAAAAACGAUAUAUCGCAAAAACAUCGAUAUCGUGGAUGCUUCAGGGUAUCGUGAAGAUCUCUACAUUCCGUUUGGGAAAAGACUACCUAUGUGGCUAAAUUACAAUUUAGCAUUCCUUCUAUUGGUAAUUAUUUUCUAGUGAUGCAGCGGAUAUUGGCAGUAAUGCUGCAUUUCUGUUUACUAUUAAAUCCCACAUAUGAAAUCUUAUUCAUAAGCAGAAAAGGAAUAUAAUAUUAUAAUAUAUUUAUUAUUAAUAUGUAAUUUAUAAUAUAUAACACAGGCAUUUGUUUUUUAUUUCUUAACCCACAGUACAUGUGAUCAUAUAUUUACCUAAAACUCUUGCACAGUCUGAGGUUCAACGUAAACGUCCUUACAACAUCGUGAACUAAUAAAAUAAUUCAUCAGGAAAAGAGUCAAAAGGCCAAAGUUUAUAGCAAUGGCAUUCUUUGCUAUAACGGAUUUGUUUGGAUCUCGGCACAUGCCUGCUAUACCUACUCCUUACCGCGCUCGUGCUCAUAAAAUGCAUUGACAUGCACGUCCUGUAGUGUCGCUCGAUCUCAAUAUUCUGCCUUAACACUUUUUGCAGUGCCUCUAUAACACCCUUGGUCAGGUUUUACUACAGGUUUUUUUUUUCUGGUUGCCCACAGACGCCUCUGUGCCAAAUAUAGGAAUCAACCAGGACAUGAAAAAUCUAAAAGCUUUAUAUUUUGUAUUGCAUUUUAUCAAUGUAACUACGUAUGCCUUUUGUAGAUCUCAUAACCGCAGGGAGAACAUGAACAGCUGUUUGUGUACUGUGCUCUUUACUGCCAUCUGGACCUGAUUCCAUAUUACUGCGUCGCGUUACUUUACUAAGAGCUGGAAAGGGUCCCGGACUGUUUUCCCUUUAAUUUCAUGGCGAAAGUAAGGGGUUAAGGGGGUAGAACCUACAAUGUACACCGUGUUUAAUUGUUGUAAAUGCAGCCAAGAUGUGUUUAGUGUGUGAAUUGUUGAGUAAUCUGUUUCACCGGAGUGAUGCAACACAAGUACGAACCCCUGAUCUUGCUCUCGAGGAGGAGGGGUGACAUAGACUCUGAUUUGCCGUCAAUCACAGCCACGCUGUGCUACAUAUGUGAACUCCUGUAUUUGGAAGAGGGGGCUUUCCUCCCUAGUGUGCUCUGAGGGGAAUUUAGGAAAAGGGCUUUUUUCUCUCUUCAGGACGACUGCCAUCAGUGAUCCACACAGAAAUCUGUCAUGUUCAAACCUAAACCUGGAUGCAUUUUGCUUCAUGGGAAGCAUUUUAACUGAGACAAGAAGCAAACACCCUCGGUUGAUCGAGUUCAUUCGAAAGCGAUGUGAAUUUUAGCGUAAAAAUAGAUUUCUUUGUUUAUUUGUUGUUUUUUUUUUACACCCCCCGACUAUUUCUUUCAACCGGACAGGGAAUGUUAUGUUUAGCAGUACUUGCGUGACUUGAAUCGCCCUCAAUCGUGUAUUUAUACACGGAGCGGGAGAACGUUAACGGCACGUCGAAAUGCACUAAAAUGUGAUGAGGUUUGUAUUUUAUGACCUUUGCUGCUGAGUAUGUCCUUCACACAGCAUGUCCAGUGUCAACAUGGGGUUUUGCAAGUGUUUUCGUGGAAGGUUUUUCGAGGAUUUGGCAGCAGCCACUUGACGCUUAUCUUACAGUACGAUUACGCUCCCAUAACUGCUGGACUUGAGCGAAAGUGCUGGUCUCAUACGGAAAACAGGAGGGCAGGGGAAAAAUCUUUCAGCUUUCAUAUUAAAUCAUGAUUGCCGGCACUUUUUGUUUCUACGUCUGUUCUUUAUUUUGUGCAGCGAGGACUGUCAUGAUAAUCUUUAAUACUUUCUCCCCCCUCCCCUUUUUUUUUUUGUUUGUUGUAAUACUGAAAUGUAGAACAUUUUAGACCUACAUGUUUUUCCCUUCAUGAGUGUCUCUUCUUAGUCACUAUGUAAUCAUAUUCUUCGCAGAUUUUUCUUUUCUUUUCAGUUUUUCAGAAGAACGAACGCCUUAAGACAGAUGUAACCUUUUUUGUAUACUAUAUCAUUGUUUUCACCUCCAACUCAAUUUGACAACAGAUCCCCAGAAUUUUUAGUCUUGGAUUUUUUAUUUUAUUUUAUUUUUAUUUUUUGUAAACUCCAUAUCGUCAAUGUUAAUACGCUGUUAAUUUAUUAAGGAAUUAAUACAGAAUAUUGAAAGGAUUAAACAAAAAAAAAAAAGGAUAAUCCCUCAGACCUGUAUCUAAUAGUAAUGGUUAACAAGAUAUGUAGGUAGAAAGGCAACUAUGAAAGAUGUUUUUUCAGUUUCUAAUUGUAAA